AUGGCAUCGAUCGCAUCACCCAUCGUACCUAGCCAGUUCGACGACGCCGAUGAAACUAACACACGCGAGGUCUCACGCGAAGGUCGCGCGUAUAUUGAUACCUACGACCCCGAAGACGACCCCAACAUUUUGGAGUGGUCGGAGGACGAAGAUGAGGACGAGGAUGAGAACAAUGACGAAUACGACGAUAGCAGAGUAGAAGAUGAGGAUUGGGAGAACGCAGAAAGAGAUUUUACAAAACAGUACAACAGGCUACGACAACAUGCAGCAGUCCGUACGGGAAAUGCACAAGGAACCGCCGCUUCGCUAAAGCAAGAUACUACUGUCGCGGCACUUCCUGUCGUUAAUCAUCCCAAAAUUGUUCCGUCGUCAUCGAAGCCAACAGGCAUUACAAGGAAGGAUCGCACCUCUAAUCAACUUGUCGCUCUCUCAAAAUACAACUCACGUUUGGCCAAGAUCGAUGUACCCUAUGUUAUGGGCGUCGGCGUGAACAGGAAGGGGCCCAGUGCGCACGCAAAUUUGAAGGAUAAAAGCGAUCGCGCCACGAACGAACAAGUGCUCGAUCCUCGCACAAGGCUGAUUUUGUUCAAAAUGAUUGGCAGAGGUUUGAUUCACGAAGUCAAUGGAUGCGUCAGUACAGGGAAAGAGGCCAAUGUUUAUCAUGCUAGCACUCCAGAUGGUCGUCAUUUGGCUCUGAAAAUCUACAAGACGUCUAUUCUCGUGUUUAAAGAUCGAGAUAAGUAUGUCACUGGCGAGUACCGCUUCCGUCGAGGUUACAGCCGCAACCCACGCAAAAUGGUCCGACUAUGGGCAGAGAAAGAGAUGCGCAAUCUCAAGCGCCUCGUAGCAGCAGACAUCCACGCUCCGGAUCCUCUUGAAGUGCGCGAGAACGUCCUCGUCAUGACCUUCGUCGGAGACAAGGAGGGCUGGGCAUCUCCACGCCUAAAAGAUGCAUCCCUUCAUCCCGAGGAUGUCGCUCGUCUAUAUGAAGAACUUGUUCUAAUGGUGCGACGCAUGUUCCACGUCUGCAAGCUGGUCCACGCCGAUCUUUCAGAAUACAACAUCCUUUAUCACGAAGGGCACCCCUGGAUAAUUGACGUCUCGCAGAGCGUGGAGCAUGAUCACCCCUCCGCCUUUGACUUCCUGCGGAAUGAUAUUAGGAAUGUCGAGGAUUUCUUUGGGCGGCUCGGUGUGAAGUGCCUGGGUCUGAGACGCUGCUUCGAUUUCGUCACGCGGGAAAAGCUGACAGACGAAGAGGAGACGACGGAUGAAGAUAAUUUGAGGACAUGGCUAGCGACUGCGGCGGAGGAGAUAAGUCAAAAGCAAAACCAGGAAGACGUGGACAAGGUGGACGAUACAGGCGAGCUAGAAUCCUCCCUAAGGGAAGAUACGGCGCACGAGGACUCGGUUUUCCUUCAUUCCUUCAUCCCGCGGACGCUGAACGAGAUAUAUGAUCCCGAACGGGACGUCGAGAAAUUCAAGAGAGGGGACAACCUCAUCUACGCGGACACAAUAGGCCUGGUACCUGCUCCUGACAAUGGUACGGGUCUAUCAAUGGAUCGAACGAAGAACGCAGCCGGCGAGGUUCCUGUGUCGACACCAAAGGUACAUUUUGAGGGACUACAGGAGGCUGGUGACAAGAAGGCGGAUGUGUCGGAGGGUAGCGAAGAGGAGGACGAGGACGUUAGCGAAGAUGACGAGGAGAGCGAGGAGAAAGGGAACUCGAAGGAGGGCUUCGUGGAGAAGAAACCAAGGGGUCAUCGGCAUGAAGACAAAGAAACCAAGAAGGAGCGCAAAAAGGCUGUCAAGGCAGAGGCGAAGGAGAAGCGUAAGCACAAGAUGCCAAAGGCCGAGAAGAAACGGCUCGUGAAGCGGACAUCGUCGACCAAGGCGUGA